ACUGCAUGCGUAUUUCCAAGGGCUUGGAUAGCUUGGGGGGGCUCUUGGCUGAUAUACCAAGACAGGCAGGAGAGGGGAAUGUGUCGAGAUUGUACUUGUGGUACUCUGUCGGCGUUGUCGGGCUGUGGUGUGCUUGAUAUGCUCAAACAACAACGGCAGCGAUGUUGUGUUGAAGCAGCGUGGCGGGCCGCAUAUGGCGCGGAGAGAUACUGAGUGAGGCCGUUCAGCCAAACAAGUGACAGAGAGAGAGAGGAGAGGAGAUGUGAAUGAUACCGUUUGAUAUACCUUCCGUGUGUGGACACGGAUAGGCUGAUCAACACUGCAGCGAGUGAAGCUCCUUCUCGGCGUUGUGAGGUACCUUCCUCUGUUUGCUUCUUUGGGUGGGCGGUCACUUCCUCAUUGUUGAUAAAAGCCCCCCGCAUAUCCCGUCACACAAGAGGCGGCGGUUCUCGGUUUCCCUCUUCCUUAUCUUCCCCCCCUCCCUUUUUGCUUUCCACUACAUCACCAAACUUUGCUGAAGUUCAACCGGCGAGUACAUACACCGUGACAGGAUAUUGAAUGGGGACAGAGAUCGAACUUGACGUCGAGGGCCAGACGGAGCCUCCUAUAUGUGGCUUCAAGAGUCCAACAACGUCCAAAACAACCACACGGUCCCCGACCUUGACUACGCUCAACACCGGGACCAUCAUCGGAGAAGAAUGUGAAUACCGGGCCAACGACAACGCCACCAUUACUACUGCUGCUACCGGAAUCGGACCCGGCGAUCUCCCGUCCUUCACUCCUGAAGCGGCCCACACCCUUUCGGUGCCGGACGUCUGUGCUUUUCUCAGAACCGACCCUGAAAAUGGAAUCGACAACGAUGAAGCUGCCCGUCGUCUGCAGCACCAUGGCCCCAACAAGGUUGAGGGUGCCAAGGGUUUAUCCCUUUGGACGAUUCUCUUAAGACAGGUCUCCAACAGCUUGACUCUUGUCCUCGUUAUUACCAUGGUAUUGUCCUUUGCCAUCAGUGACCACAUCGAAGGCGGUGUCAUUGCUGCGGUCAUUCUUCUCAACAUCAUAGUCGGCUUUCUCCAGGACUAUCGCGCCGAGCAAACCAUCCAGGCUUUGUACGCCCUCUCGGCGCCUACCUGCAAAGUCACCCGGUCCGGUGUCACUUCUACCAUAAAAGCCGAGACACUUGUGCCUGGCGACAUCGUCCGCCUCGGCGUCGGCGAUGUGGUCCCCGCCGACCUCCGUCUCGCCACCAGCAUCAACCUCUCUACCGACGAGGCCCUGCUAACUGGCGAAUCCCUUCCCGUCAGCAAGCAUGCUGAGCUAGUAAUGGCCCGGGAUCGUGAUGUCCCUCUCGGCGACCGUUCCAACAUGGUUUACUCAGCCAGCACCAUUACUCGCGGACGCGCCACGGGCAUCGUUGUCUCGACGGGCAUGGGCACUGAGGUAGGCAAGAUUGCGGGCCUGUUGCGCGACAGUAACGGCGGGCGUAACAAGAAGCGCGUCGACAAAGAAGAAAUGGGAACCCUCCGCUCGCUGACCGUCCGCGCCCGAAACGGCAUGCGCGUCCUCCUCGGCCUCGACGGUACGCCGCUGCAGGUCACGCUGAGCAAGUUUGCUUUGCUAUUGUUUGCUCUGGCCAUCUUAUUGGCCAUCAUCGUUUUCUCCGUCAGCAAGUUUGACGUCACGGAUGAGGUACUCAUCUACGGCAUCUGCGUCGCCGUAGCCGUCAUCCCGGAGUCACUCAUCGCCGUGCUGACCAUCGCUACUGCGCUUGGCACCCGUGCCAUGGCCCGUGGAAACGUGGUAAUCCGCAAGCUGGCCGCGCUCGAGGCGGUCGGCGGAGUGACAAAUAUCUGCUCAGACAAAACGGGAACGCUGACGCAGGGCAAGAUGGUGACCAAGAAGGUCUGGCUUGCGAAUGGCACUGAGGUCGAAGUCCUAGGGACGACGCAUCCUUUUGAUUCUACCAGCGGGUCGGUCAGUAUUGGGGAGGAAGUCUUUAGCCUCGCUGAUCAUGGCAUGAAAGAUCCUGAAGAGGCCAUCGGCGAAAAGGGGGAGAAUCUCAAGGAGUUUCUGGAGAGCAUUGCUCUUUGCAACAACGCGGUUGUCACGAAGGCCGAGGAAGCAGGCACUUAUUCGGCUAUCGGUGAGCCAACCGAGAUUGCGUUGCAGACCUUUGCAAUGCGGUUUGGUAUGGGAAAGUCGAGUGUGUUGGCUAUUGUUGAUGGACAGUCACAACAGCAGCUGCUCUUCGAGUUCCCUUUCGAUUCAUCCUGCAAGAGGAUGACGGUCGUUUACACAAGCACAGAGAGCAGCGGCGCUGGUGAUAGUUACGCUUAUACCAAAGGCGCGCUCGAGGCUCUGUUGCCUUUACUUGACGCUUCCGACGAGCAGAAGGUUGAGAUCGUGGCAAAGGCGGAAGCCCUAGCUGCCCAAGGUCUGCGUGUGCUUUGUGUUGCUAAGCGAUCCGUCAAUGGAGCCCUCUUCCAGGCUGGGGAUGACGUCUCUGCUAGUCCCGAAAGGGAGAAAGCUUCGGCGUCGAUUGUCCCCGAAAGAUCAAGCGUUGAAAUGCAUUUGACCUUUCUUGGUUUGGCUGGUAUAUAUGACCCUCCCCGUCUCGAGUCCGCUGCAGCGGUUCAGAAGUGUCAAGCAGCUGGCAUCACGGUUCAUAUGGUAACAGGUGACCACGUCAAGACUGCAACGGCCAUUGCCUGCGAGAUUGGUAUUCUCCGCUCGGACAGAUUACAGAAUGGGACCGAGGUGAUGGUGGCCAGCGCUUUUGACAGUCUCUCGGAUGCUGAAAUUGAUGCCUUGGAAAGUCUGCCCUUGGUGCUUGCGAGAUGCAGCCCAACGACCAAGGUCAGAAUGGUGGAAGCCAUGCAUAGGAGAAAGGCCUUUUGCGUCAUGACUGGCGACGGCGUCAACGACUCGCCCGCCCUGAAGAAGUCAGACGUGGGCAUCGCCAUGGGACUAAGCGGCAGUGAUGUUGCCAAAGAAGCGGCAGAUAUGGUUCUCACUGACGACAACUUCGCUUCCAUCGUUACCGCCAUUGAAGAGGGAAGAAGGUUGUUUGAUAACAUUCAGAAGUUCCUCCUCCACCUCCUGAUCUCCAACAUCGCCCAAGUUAUCCUCCUCCUCAUCGGUCUCUCCUUCAAAGACAAUGAUGGUAUCUCCGUCUUCCCCCUCUCACCCCUCGAAAUCCUCUGGGCCAAUCUCGUCACCUCCUCCUUCCUCGCCCUCGGCCUCGGUCUCGAAGAUGCCCAGCCGGACGUGAUGCAACGCCCUCCGCACGACCUGCAAGUUGGCAUCUUCACGCGAGAGCUGAUUGUCGACAAAUUCGUCUACGGCACAGCCAUGGGCGGUCUCUGUCUGGCGGCCUUCACCAGCGUGGCAUACGGCAUGUCGGGUGCCGACGGACUCGGCGAGGGUUGCAAUGAGGACUGGACGUCUGAGUGUGGCGUGGCAUUCAGGGCGCGAGCGACGACUUUCGCUACGCUGACUUUUCUGUUGCUGGUCACGGCAUGGGAGGCGAAGCACUUCACCCGGUCGCUGUUCAACAUGCAUCCCGAGAAGUACUCGGGCCCACUGUCCGUUUCAAAGACGGUGUGGCAAAACAAGUUCCUGUUUGGCGCGGUGUCGGCUGGAUUUGUGAUCUGCUUUCCAGUCAUCUACAUCCCCGUUAUUAACCAUGUGGUGUUCAAACAUAAUGCCAUUACGUGGGAGUGGGGUGUUGUUAUGGCUUGUGUGGUUGUUUAUGUGGCCAUCAUCGAGGGUUGGAAGGCUUUCAAGAGGCGAACUUUGAAGGCGAAGAUGGUGACUGGGGUUGGUGGAGAGGGUGUGUAAGAACCUUGAGUGAUUGAUAGUGUACAGGAAAGACGUUUGGCAUGCUGUCGGGGACUUGGUGAAGAAGUCUCCUAGGUGUGGCACGUCAGCGAUGGUUAUGUGUAACGGUUAUGAAUGAUGUGUGUCGCGCAGGGUUGAGAGAAAGGACAACAGAUUGUCAUUAAGAGUCCUUGUCGGGGUUUCGUUUUCUAAUGCUGUGUAGCUACCUCUAAAUUGAAAUAAAGUAAGCUAUGCCAUGAAAACGGCAUUUUUCC